AUGGCUGACGGUUUUUGCCUUUGGUGGAGGAAACUCGAAUGUGGUGGCGAUUAUUUUGAAGUCGAGAAGAGUGGGCUUAGUGACAGUGGUGAGAUAAAAGUCAAGACAGAUGCCGGCAAGAUCAUCUCGCUUAAUGUCAAAGGCUCGGACACUAUUGGAAAAAUAAAAGCCUUCAUCCAGGAUAUGGAAAAUAUUCACAUUGAUCUGCAGAUGCUGAUCUUCAACGAAAAGGUUCUUGAAGACUUGAAUACCCUUGCCAAUUUGCGUAUCAAGAAGGGAUCCACCCUCAUCCUUAUGCGUAAGUUAAAGGGAAUCCUGAAUAUAUUCAUCAAGAUCCCUGAAGAGAUGAUGUAUUCUCUUGAAGUCAAACCUUCAGACACCAUUGGCAAAUUGAAAGCCAAGAUGUGUGGUAUUGAGGAUGUGUUGAUCUACAACGGGGUUGUCCUUGAGGAUAGCGGUACUGUUGUUGACUUCAACAUCAUCGAUGGAUCCACUCUCACACUCAUUCGUAAGUUGGAGCGAACGAUGGAAAUUUUUGUGAAUACCUUUACUGGAAAAACUAUCUCUUUGUUAGUUAACCCAACAUACACUAUUGCCAAGGUGAAAUUUGAGAUUUUGUGUAUGGAGGGUAUACGCGUUGAUGAGCAAGCUUUGAUCUUCAACAAAAUGGUUCUUGACGACAGCGGUACUCUUUUUGACUUACAAAUCAACAUGAACUCCACACUUAUACUUAUGCGUAGAUCAAGAGGACCUAUGCAUAUGCAGAUAUUCAUCAAGAUCUUCACUGGACACACUGUUAAACUACCGGUUAAACCUUCAUACACCAUUGCCAACAUAAAAGCUAAGAUACAAAGACAGGUAAAUAUUCCAUGUGAUGAGCAGGAGUUGAUCUUCAACGAAUUGGUUCUCCACAAUGACGAUACCCUUGCUGACUUGCACAUUGACACGGAAUCAACACUCACACUUGUGCGUUUAUCAAAAGGAUUCAUGCAUAUAUUCUAUCAGAACCUCAAACGAAGGUAUAUUAAUCUGGAUGUCAAACCUUCUGACACCAUCCACAAUGUGAAAUCUAAGAUCCAAGAGAAGGAAGGUAUUCCUCCAUUAGAGCAGAAACUGAUCUUCAACGGAAAGCUACUGAAGGAUAGCCCUACCCUAGCCGACUACAACAUCCAGAAUGACUCAACCAUCCGGCUUGUUUAA